AUGGACCCCUCAGGCUCUUUGCCUCCACCUUCCCCUUAUACCUUCUCUGUCAUCCCCAAUGUCUCCUCUCCCUCCUCUUCUCCCUCCAUCUCUCCAUCACCCAGCCUGGCCUCCACAGCCCUCUUCUGCUCCCUCCUCUCUCUGCUUUCUCUGCUGGGUAUCACAGGUAACCUGUACACUCUGGGCCUCCUCCUGAAGCGCAGGAGGACCAGGAGGGGACGUGGAGCAGGACCAACCUGCUGUCUGAUGAGGGUACCAGUACCCUCAUGCCUCGCCAACACCUCCUCCCCAUCUUCGUCUCCCAUCUCCUCUUCCUCCUCCUCCUCCUCUCUUCACCUCCAGGUGCUAAGCCUGGCUCUCGCUGACCUGCUUUACCUUUUCACUGCUCCCUUCAUCGUGUACGACAGCCUGGCGUCUGGCUGGGCCUUCGGUGAGCUGGGCUGUCGCCUCCUCCUAAGCCUGGACCUGCUCACCAUGCACGCCUCCAUCUUCACGCUUACCGCCAUGAGUCUAGACCGCUACCGAGCAGUGGCGCAUCCCCUGCACACCUCCUCCUCUAACUCUUCAGGCCUGCUGCGGGUGGGCUUAGCCUGGGGGCUGGCGGUGGCUCUGAGUCUGCCCAUGAUGAUCACGCUGCACCUGGAGGAUGGGGAGAACCAGGAGGGCCAACUGUGUGUGCCGGCAUGGGACGAGCAGAGCUCAAAGGCCUACCUGAGUGUGCUCUUUUGCACCAGCAUCCUCGGCCCUGGGCUGGCCAUCGGAGCGCUCUACGCCACUCUGGGCCGGCUCUACUGGGUGUCUCAGACAAAACCAGCCUGGGCCAACGGGAGCAGCACUGCUUGUCCUCCUCGUGCCCCUAAACCCAAAGUCCUGCUCCUCAUCCUUGGGAUUGUCCUGGCCUUCUGGGCAUGCUUCCUGCCUUUCUGGAUCUGGCAACUGCUUCCUCUGUACCAGCCUGAAAUGCUGCGGACAGUUCCUGUAGGCACGCAGGUGACAGUGAAUCGAAUCCUCACAGGACUUACCUAUGGGAACUCCUGUGUGAAUCCAUUUUUCUACACACUGUUGACUGGAAAACGAAGACGCAAUAGACAAAUGCUGACAUCAGCAAAUCAGCUCUGUCGUAAGAGCAGUCCACUGCAGUAG